CACAAACCUCAACGCGCCUCUGCACCCAGUGUUUAGAGGACUGGCUGCAUUUGAGCAGGACAGAAUGAAGGACAGACGAAGACAGGGAGUGGUUUAGCAGAACUUAGGAGCAGCUUCAUGUUUCUGUAAGAGGCUGAUAUAUGAACGUGCAUCACAAUGUGAUGAUUUUCUUUGCUCAUCGUGUGGCAGGACUGGAUGGGUUCUUCAGUAAGGCAUGAAACAGGAAUCUCAGAGGACUGCUAUAGAAUGGUGAAAUCUUUGGACACACCAUCUUUUGUCUAUCCUCAUUUGGAGCCCAUCAGAAGAUCAGUCCUCCCUCGCUGAGUUGACAAGACCCUGGAUCAUACUGAGCACUCACAGCCGACCAAAAGCUUUGUGGUAUUUGUACAUUUGCGCCUUUCCCAUGCUGUGGAAUGUUUAGCAGCUCUGAGUGUAGUUUCUCAAAGCUGACGAAAGCUGGAGCUGAGAGCUUUUACUACAGACGAGCAGAGGAAGCCAGUGACCCUAUCCAGCCAAGACACACACACCCUCACUGAGUCUUCUGCUGAUAAGCUAAAGCUUCUCAAUCCACAAGACCUUCUACGCUAAAGCUCUUAAGUCUAAUUGAAAUAUUUGAACUGUUUCAUCUGAAGAAUCAUAGUGCGGCUGCAGUUCUUGUCCAUGCCCGUAAUUACCCUUCAGGUCAAGGGCUGGAAUGUCUUGACUCCGCCCCCGAAGCUGUGUGCAGGAGGUGCCGAGGCGGACGCCGAUGGGAGCUGCUGCUCAAUGAUGAGCUGCCAUGGCGCUGGAGGGCAUCGCCGGCGCCUCGAAGACUCAGAGUUCACCGUGCGCGUGUACCCGGGCACCUUGGCUGAGGGCACCGUCUACUGCCCUGUGUUGGCCCACAAGGUCACAUCGGCCGCUGAGGUAAUCGAGCAGGUGAUCGAGCGUCUGCGGCUGGACCGCACAAGGCUCUAUGUUCUGGCCGAGGUGAAGGAGUUUGGCGGUGAGGAAUGGAUUCUGAACCCGAGUGACUGCCCUGUGCAGCGCAUGAUGCUGUGGCCACGCACAGCGCUGGAAAACCGCUUCAGCAGCGAUGACUACCGCUUCCUGCUGCGCGAGAAGAACCUAGAUGGCUCCAUCCACUACGGCAAUGUUCAGAUGUGGCUGAGGGUGACCGAGGAGAGGAGGCGGCUGGUAGAGCGCGGCCUCCUCCCUCAGCCCCCGGCCGGACGGCAUGCUGCAGAUCUCUGCACUCUGCCGGACCUCAAUGAGCAGACGCUGCUCGAAAACCUGCGCUCACGCUUCAAACAGGAAAAGAUCUACACGUAUGCCGGCGGUAUCCUGAUAGUGGUCAACCCUUUCAAGUUCCUCCCUAUCUACAACCCAAAAUAUGUCAAGAUGUAUGACAACCACCAGCUGGGCAAGCUGGAGCCGCACAUCUAUGCCAUAGCUGAUGCUGCAUACCAUGCCAUGCUGCAGAGGCGCAGGAAUCAGUGCAUCGUCAUAUCGGGGGAGAGUGGCUCAGGGAAGACGCAGAGCACCAACUUUCUGAUCCAUCAUCUUACUGCACUCAGCCAGAAGGGCUUUGCAAGUGGAGUCGAGCAGAUCAUCCUAGGAGCUGGACCCGUACUAGAGGCGUUCGGGAAUGCUAAAACAGCCCACAACAACAACUCCAGCCGCUUCGGCAAGUUUAUCCAAGUUAACUAUCAGGAGAGUGGCACAGUGAGAGGAGCCUAUGUUGAGAAAUAUCUACUAGAGAAAUCUAGACUGGUCUAUCAGGAGCACAAUGAGAGGAACUACCAUGUGUUUUAUUACCUUUUGGCGGGAGCAAGUGAUGAGGAGAGAAAAGCAUUCCACCUGCUGAAACCAGACGAGUAUCAUUACCUCAACCAGAUGACAAAGAAAGUGCACAGACUACACUGGGAAAAUUACUAUGAGAGCGAGCUGGACUGUUUCACUGUGGAAGGGGAGGAUCUGAAGCAUGACUUUGAGAGACUUCAACUAGCCAUGGAGAUGGUGGGAUUCUUGCCAGCCACCCGUAAACAAAUCUUCUCCCUGCUGUCUGCCAUCCUUCUUCUGGGGAACAUACGCUACAAGAAGAAGACGUAUAGAGACGACUGUAUAGACAUCUGUAAUCCUGAAGUGCUCCCCACUAUCUCUGAACUGCUAGAGGUAAAGGAAGAGAUGCUCUUUGAGGCUCUGACCACAAGAAAGACAGUGACCGUGGGAGAGCGACUUAUUGUACCUUAUAAACUGGCUGAGGCUGGAACAGUGAGAGACUCCAUGGCUAAAUCUCUCUACGGCGCUCUCUUUGACUGGAUAGUCUUUCGCACCAACCAUGCACUUCUCAACAACAAAGACCUAGAGGACUCUGCCAAGAUUUUAUCUAUUGGAGUGUUGGAUAUCUUUGGCUUUGAGGACUAUGAGAACAACAGCUUUGAGCAGUUCUGCAUCAACUAUGCCAAUGAAAGACUGCAACACUAUUUCAACCAGCACAUCUUCAAACUGGAGCAGGAGGAGUACCGUACAGAGGGCAUCAGCUGGCAUAUGAUUGACUACAUCGACAACACAAGCUGCAUCAACCUCAUCAGCAAGAAACCCACAGCACUGCUCCACCUAUUGGAUGAGGAGUGCAACUUCCCCCAGGCAAGUAACCAGACUCUGCUGGAUAAGUUUAAGAGGCAGCAUGAGGGGAACAGCUACAUUGAGUUUCCUGCAGUCAUGGAGCCAGCCUUCAUCAUUCGCCACUACGCAGGGAAGGUCAAAUACAGCGUCAAGGAUUUCAGGGAGAAGAACACAGACCACAUGCGCCCAGACAUUGUGGCUCUGCUGAAGAGCAGUAAAAGCGCCUUUAUCUGUGGCCUGAUGGGAAUCGACCCUGUGGCCACCUUCCGCUGGGCCGUGCUUAGAGCUUACUUCAGAGCAGUAGUGGCUUUUAGAGCAGCUGGAAAAAGACAUGGGGAGAGGAAGAGCAGCUCUGACACUGCAGUGCAGUGCACAGUCAUUAAGAAGGUGGACAGCUUCAGUUUCCUGCAUCACCCAGUGCACCAGAGAAGCCUCGAGAUUCUUCAGAGAUGCAAAGAUGAUAAAUACAAUUCUUGCAUCACAUGGAAGAAUCAACGUAGUCCUCUGUCACACCUACAAGGCACCAACACUAUCAAUGAGAAAACAACAAGAGACGGGUUUUCUGGGUGUAACGGUCGUAGCUCGAGGUCGGGUCGUCUCUCCUCCACUGGCUCCUCUCAUGAAGAAGAUGGUAUUUUUGUUAAUGCCAUGAGCAGCAAGUUACUGGAGAGAGCCCAGGGCAUUUUGAUGCGCAACAAGAACUACAAAGCCAAGCUUUCCCUUCCCAAGCAUCUGUUAGAUGUUAAAUCUCUGAAGUACUUGAGCAGCUUGACACUUCAUGAUCGCAUCACCAAAUCACUCCUCCACCUGCACAAAAAGAAGAAACCCCCCAGCAUCAGUGCACAGUUUCAGGCUUCGCUGAACAAACUGAUGGAGACCCUGGGCCAGUCGGAGCCCUACUUUGUAAAAUGUAUUCGUUCAAAUGCAGAAAAGCUUCCUCUACGCUUUAAUGAUGCAUUAGUACUGAGGCAACUGCGGUACACUGGUAUGCUGGAGACAGUGAGGAUACGUCAGUCUGGAUACAGCAUCAAAUAUACAUUUCAGGACUUCGUUCAUCAUUUCCAUGUGCUGUUGCCUAGUGGACUGAGUGCUAGUCAGGCUGGCAUUCGGGAGUUCCUGCAGGGAGUUGACCUUGAUCCAGAUGGCUACCAAGUGGGCAAAACCAUGGUGUUUUUACGAGAGGCUCAGAGACAGAAGUUGCAGAACUUGCUCCAUCAGGAGGUGCUGAGAAGGAUUGUAGCUCUGCAGAGAAGAUUCAGAGCUCUGCUGGAGAGACGAGCCUUCACCAAUCAGAGACGUGCUGCACGUGUCAUUCAGCACUGGUGGCGUCAGUGUAUGCUAACCCUUAGCAAUGAGAGUGCUGGAGUUUCUGAGCUGCAGCAUAGGGCAGCAGUGUGUGUGCAGGCAGCGUGGAGAGGCUACAGGGAGAGAAGGCUCUAUCUGCUGCAGAGGGACGCAGUGCUGCUGCUGCAGAGAAGCUGGAGACGAUGUGUGCAGCAACAGAGACACAGAGCUGCAUGUCUUAUCCAGGCAUUCUGGAGGGCACACAAGCAGAGACAGAGAUAUUGGCAGCUAUCCAAAGCUGUCAUAACACUGCAGGCUGCCUGGAGGGGGCAUCAGGCCCGGCAGAGGUGUAGAAGCUUGAGAGAGGAACAGAAGAGUACAAGAACAGACCAUGGAAAAGAUAAAACAAAAGAAAGCUUGCAUAACCUCCAAAACCUUUCUGAUACCCAGACAACUAGCCUAGACUCACAGAUAUCUCAGCAAAGCUCAGCGACUUCACAGGAGUGCAGAAUGGAUACUGAGACCCUGCCAUCAGAGCUUUCCAGACCUCUGGAUGACAGCACUCUUAAGAGCCGAGCCAAGCGAGAGAGCAGGAGAAAGAGAGAACUGGAACAGGCAACAUUCAGUCUGAAAUUGCUGAAGGUGCGAUCCAAUACUCUUCCCCUCUCUGACAAACCAGUUUCUCCAGAAAAUAAAGUCUCUUCAAAAGCUGCUCCUCUCUGUUCCUCCCUUCAGAGCUCCCUCGACAGCCCUGGGAGCUUUGAGCAUAUUAGUGUUGAUGACAUGGAGGUGGAGUCAGCUGACCUUCAACAUCAUGAUCCCUUGUCUAAUAAUCAGGCAUCACUAGUUGAAGGGAAUAAAAGUGCUCUCAUAUUGGUACCUGAAUCUGAGAAAUCAGAACCAAAACAGCCAGAACCAACAAGUCCAGUGCAGGCUGGCCCAAGUGCCUCAAAGCCUCUGUUCUAUAUAUCAGAUGAAGCCAGUAGUCCUGUGCGCAAUGAGCUGCACACACCAUCUAAGUUGAAGUCUGUUCGAGAGAAAAAGGAGUCUCUGGUGUUUGUCAUCAGCAUGCAGAAGGAGAGUCCUAUAGACCAGAGCAGCCAGGAUGCUCUCGAGAGCUUAGAGAAGGAGGUAGAGUGGAGACCAGGCUCUGGCCAGCAGAAGAGCAUAUCAUCAAACGUGCAACCUGGAAACGCUCCCGUGAAUCAUCCAACCGUCCAGCCAUCUCCAUCACCAUCAUCUGGUACAACCAGGAUGAUGGUGCAGCAGAUGACCUCACAGCCCGGAAAGGGGGAGGAUGCGGUCAAAAUGCAAGCUCAGAAGAAGACAGUGGCUCAUAGUAUCAGCAUCAGCAUGAAGGAGAAAGCCACUAGCCUGGCCUUUUCUCCCAAACGCAGCAGACUGACCUUCUCCAAAUCUGAUAAAGACCUGGCAAAUCAGGAGCGUUCUAUGACCUUGCAAAGAGAAAGAACAUCAGGUUUCAGAUCUCUGAAGAGCAGAGAGGUGGCCCGAGCUGGCCGCCAAAAGAAAACCCGCAUGGCACGGACUCGCUCUGAUUUCCUGAGCCGUGCCUGUAGCACUGAGGCUGAUACUGACGAUGAGGACGAUGAAGAAUACGAGUACACGCCUGUGAUCUCUCACACACUGCCCCUCCCAGAGUCUCCAGACUCUCCCAGCCCUGAGCAAGACUUCCACAGUGACUCGGAGAUGCCCUCUCAGAAAGACCAGAAGCGGCUUCAGAAGACCAUGUCCUCAGGAGAUCUGGGAAAGGUCGACUCGUUGAGAAAGUCCUCGUCAAACUCUGAUGGCAGUGGGGUGAGGGGUAAGAUGCGCUUCUGGGGAAAGGGAAAGCAUGGUGAUAAGAAGAUGUCCAUCAGGGGACACUCAGCAGAUGCAGAUCUCUCAAAGACUCGCAAUGGCUCUCCUUCUGCCAGUCCUGAGCAGAGCAGAGCAGCAGAUCGUGGUCGGGACAGUAAAGAGAACAGGGAGCCAGAAGUGAGAAUGAUGACGAUGAAGAGGAGGCGCAGCGUGAAGAUUAGCAGUGUGCCUCAAGAACCGUCUCCAUGGCAGAAUGACUCUCUACACAUCCUCACAUGCACAGCCGACUACUGCAGCAUGAACGACUUCCUUAUGAAGAAGAUAAAUGAUCUGGAGACUGAGGACAGUAAGAAGGACACUCCUGUCGAUGUGGUCUUUAAGAAGGCUUUAAAAGAGUUUCGUCUUAAUAUCUUCAAUUCCUAUUCCACAGCCCUGGCUAUGGAUGAUGGUAAGAGUAUCAGGUAUAAAGAUCUGCAUGCACUGUUUGAGCACAUUCUGGAGAAGACCAUGCGUCUGGAGCAGAGAGACUGGUCAGAAUCACCUGUUAAAGUCUGGGUCAACACCUUUAAAGUCUUCCUGGAUGAGUUUGUGACUGAGUACAAACCUAUGCAUGGCGCCAUCAGCAAGGCUCCCAAACCAGAAAGCAAGAAGAGAAGGAAAAAGGAGGCAGACAUUGUGGAGGAGCACCUGGGUCACAUUUUCAAGUCCACUCAGUACAGCAUUCCCACAUACUGCGAGUACUGUUCUUCUCUCAUUUGGAUGAUGGACAGAGCAUGUGUCUGCAAAUUGUGUCGCUAUGCCUGUCACAGGAAAUGCUGCUUAAGGAUGACGACUAAAUGUAGCAAAAAGUUUGACCCAGAACAGUCUUCGCGGCAGUUUGGCGUGGAGCUGUCUCAGUUAACCAGUGAUGACAAAGCUGUACCUCAGGUGGUGGAGAAGCUCAUCAACUACAUAGAGAUGCAUGGUCUCUACACAGAGGGCAUCUACAGGAAGUCUGGGUCAACCAAUAAAAUCAAAGAGCUGAAGUUGGGCCUGGACACAGAUGCUAAUGCUGUGAAUCUGGAUGACUAUAACAUCCACGUUAUUGCCAGCGUGUUGAAGCAGUGGCUGCGGGACCUUCCCAAUCCUCUGAUGACCUUUGAACUUUAUGAGGAGUUCCUCAGGGCAACAGGUUUGCAGGACAAGAAAGAAGUGGUGAAAGGUGUGUAUACAGUAAUCGAUCAGCUCAGCAGGACUCACCUGAGCACGCUGGAGAGACUCAUCUUCCAUCUAGUCAGGAUCUCAUUGCAGGAGGACACUAAUCGGAUGAGUGCUAAUGCUCUAGCCAUUGUGUUUGCUCCCUGUAUCCUGCGGUGUCCUGACAGCAUUGACCCUCUACAGAGUGUACAGGACAUUGGCAAGACCACUGCCUGUGUGGAGCUGAUCAUCUGUGAACAGGUGAAUAAAUACAGAGCCAGACUGAAGGACAUCAGCAGUCUGGAGUUUGCUGAGAGCAAAGCCAAGAUCCGUCUCACACACAUCAGGAGGUCAAUGAAACCAGUACUAAUCGCUGUUAGGUUUAUGAGCAUGAGCCGAACUGCCACCUCGAGUAAAAUUCGGUUUUCUAAAAGCAGUCCCCUCACGCCGCCUUCACCCACAAGCCCACUGUCACCUGUGAUCACCGAGGGAGAUGGACCAAAUGAAGAUAGGGCGGAGUCAGGCCUGAGCGAACAGCAACAGGCAGCAAUGCAGCAAGAAGAAAAAGUGCUUUCUCAGCAAAUAGAAAACUUACAGAAAGAGAAGGAGGAGCUGACAUUUGAAAUGUUGGCAUUGGAGCCACGGACAUCUGAUGAUGAGCUGCUGGAAUCUGAGGCUUCUAUAGGAACAGCAGACAGCUCAGAAAACCUAAUAGCGGAACAGGAAGGAGCAACAGAGGCCUGGGAGAAAAGCUGCUCCAGCAUUCGUUCCCGUAAGUCAGAGUCCAAAAGCAGACGAGCUUUACGCCGCCAGCCUGAAUCCCUGGAUUCAGUAGACUCGGCCGUUGCCUCUCUCUCCUCCAGCUCAUCCACUCCUCACUACCGUUUCCGCUCGUCCUCCUCUGGCCCUCUCUUCUCUUCCCCCUCCUCCUCAGAACACGGGCAGCACCUCUUUCCUGAGCAGGAGGAAUUGGAGACGGCCACGUUAACCACCCGUUGUUCUUCUAGUUCAGAGAAAACACGGCCCAGGAGCAGAGGCAACCGGAGCUGCCCACCCAAACCCAGAGAUCCUGGAGAAGGUGGAGGGAGGAGGAGAGACACUGAUUUCAGCCCUGUGCAGCCUCUGGUGCUAUACGGCAGUAAAGAGUUUAUGGUGUAAAAAGGAGAGUGAGACCUGUUAGUGUCAGAGCUCUGCUUUCCUCAGAACAGAGCUGAGACCUAUAAAAAUAGAGGGAGCCUACUAAUGGACAGUAGGUUUUAGCUUGCAAGGUAGAGAAUGUGGAGGGAUAAGAAAGAAGAGGUAUGCUGAAAAUGAACCUGCCAAAGCUAAACCCUGACAUGCACAUGAUGCACCCUGCUGUAGAGUGGACCUGCUGGACUGGUCCUAUUCUCCCUGCUUCACUUUUACCUGUCCAUCUUCAUGUUUACAAAACUGAGCCAAUCCGAAGUCAUCCGGCUUCAACAGACUGCAUAGUGCUUUGCUAGCAUUUUUUUUUUUUUUUUUUCACCAUAAUGAGAUGUCAGUACAUCAGACAUUGAUAAUGUAUUAAAUAUGUAAGAUAAUAUUAUUGUAUUACUCCAAUGGAAAAGAAUCAUUGUACAUAAAACAAUGCAGCGCUGCUGGAUGGUCCAUGUGAAAAGUGUUUACUUGUCUUGAAUUUUUUGCAAUGGUAUGUGUAUUUUUUACAUGCGUUUGUGACAAAUAUGUCUCGUAAGCUUGUUUGCUUGGUUUUGCGUUUGAGUCACUUUUUUUCUUUUAAAAGAAAAGUAUCACUAGAGAGGACAAAAUGACAGAUGAUCAGAACAGCCAUGAUGUAGCUAUUUCCAUUCAUAGCCAUAUUGUGUUGGAAUACGACCAGAUAACACGUCUUCUUCUAUGUUUCCUCUUUUUGUGUUUAAUCUGCAUUCAUUGUGACCAAAUCAAGACUUGAAAUAUUUUUACCUUAUCUCGCUUAUGUUAUUAUGUUUGCUUUAAAUAUGGUUUCUAAUAUAUUGUUUCAAUGCGCCUUCUCUUUUGUAUCUUGGUAUACAUUAAUUUUGUCCUGAGAGCUAUUUUUAUUUUUAAAAACAAGAUUUUUUUUCAUGCCUUCUGCAGCCUUUGCUUGUGUCUGUACUGUGUAGACUGUACUGUGUCCUCUCUAUAAAAAGGGAACUAUUUUCCCAGCAGUAUGGUUAGAGUCUGUAAGUACAGUCCACUCAUAAUUGUCAUACACAUCUGAGCCUCAUACUGUUUACAGUAGUAAACAGAACAUUAAGCCACAAAGCCAUUUAACCAGAAUGAUCAAGUACUCAUAUACAAGCACACUUGAUCAGUCACUUCACAGUAUAUACUCUAGUGUAUUUAAUGAAUAUUAGCAUCAUCACCCAGAAAAGGGUUCAAUUGAAAUCGUUUACUCUUGAAUGUGUCUGGUUACAAUUAACUCAUAUAAUCUGUGUGAUGCCUGUAUAAACUUCACUAUGGUGGAAUUGGUCAAGCAGUAUGCAGCUAUGUCUUUUAUUGAAAACUUUUCUUUCCUUCCGUUCCAAGCAGUUUUUAAACGGUUAGAGAGUUGUAGUCUUGCCAUAUGAUCUUCUGUGUCUGUUUGGCCUUUGUCUGAAAUAUGGACAUAACAUUGGUAUGUUUCAUCUCCAACUUUACAGAUCUGGGCAAAGGAACAAGAGAAAUGGCAUGUUUGUUGUAAGUGAAUGUACUGACCACUGGAAAGCACGCUUCACUCUGAUUAUUUUUUAUUUUUAUUUUUUUUAAACAUUUCUGUAUUUCAAAACCAUGUGGAGUGUAGGUCACAAACAACACUGUUUUAAAUGGAUAUAUUAUCCUGUUUGUGACUCUGGGUUUGAAGAAAUCAGUGUGUGCAUUAAUUAUUUUUCCAAACAUUAUUAUUAUUAUUAUUAUUAUUAUUAUUGCCGAUUGUGCAAUUUGUGUAUUAUUUCCUUAAUGGACAAAUCUGUUUAUGGAUGUAAAAAGAAUAUAAUGAAAACCCACUUAUUAAAAAAAAUUGUUGAUGAA